AUGGCUGAAGCUAUUGAUCCUCAGCUAACUACGCAGAAAAUCUUAGAUAUCCUUCUUCGUACUCGGAACAUCAAGGUGGAUACAAGCAAAGAUUUUGAUACAAAAAGUCUAACCCCACAAUCAUCUCUCCAACAACUUUCCCGUGUCUCCGAAAUCCUUACAUCAGCACACCAUGCAAGGGAAGCCGAAACACUUGCAACAGUUCUCUCCCUCGCUACUCAACUCCCAGAUUUCGGCGGCUUGGGGUUUAAAGAAGACCAAGAGCUGAAUUCACAGCAAGAAGCGCAGGUGCUGUUCUUUGUUUCAGCAUGGCUCGAAUCUCUCAAUUCAGAAGAUCGUGCCAAGAACCAACCAAAGCUAUUGACUUCGCGGCCAAAAGGGCGGAGAGGCAUGACUUUGAGCGAAAAGAUACUGUCGGCUCAUGAUAUUGAGAGAAGAGGAGAGCUGAAGCCUGGAGACAUGGUUAGAGUGGAUGUAGAUUGGAUUAUGGCGUCUGAGAUAUCUUGGGCUGCGAUGAAGAAACAAUACGAUGCUCUCGGCAAACCUGGAAUCUUCCGGAACGAUAGAUUUUGGCUUGCUGGUGAUCAUGUUAUUGAUCCGCGGGUCAAGGAUGUGCCACUCAUAAAGCAACUCGUUGCUGAUAGUGAGGCGGCAAAGACGGAUUUCAUGAUGACGGAAUACCAGGGCAUGAAUUACACGAUUAUGCACACUGAAUUCUUUCGGGAACGAGCCCAACCAGGAAUGUUGGUCAUUGGAUCUGACUCGCACACCUGCUCAUCAGGAUCACUUGGAUGCCUGGCAAUCGGGUUAGGAGUUGCAGAUGUGACCGUCCCCCUCAUCACCGGCGAAACAUGGUUUAAAGUCCCUGAGAGCGUUGCAAUUCGACUCGUCGGCAAACCAAGUCCAGGAAUAGGAGGCAAGGACACUAUUCUGUAUAUCCUGAAAAAGUUGAAGAGGAACACAGUGGCUGCCGAGCGGAUAGUUGAAUUUAUGGGUCCUGGACUCCAAUAUCUCUCAUGUGAUGCCCGGUUUGCCAUUGCGAAUAUGACAACAGUGAGUACCCAUACCACCAGUCCCCCCUUCCCUGAAGUCCAGAAGCCAAAACUAAGCACGAAUCAGGAAUUCGGAGGUAUAACCGGCAUCUUCACUCCCGACCAAACAACCCACGACUUUAUAAGCCAACGCAAAAGCCCCCGUAACAAGAAAAACUCCAAAUACUUCCGUCCAGACAAAGACGCCGUAUACAUAGAGACGCACACCAUCGAUCUCUCCCUAGUCCAGUCAUUCGUCGCCCGCUACCCCUCACCCGACGACGUCGUGCCCAUCAGCGAAGUGCAAGGAAUGCAUCUAGACGGCUGUUUCAUCGGCGCCUGCACGACCGCCGAAGAAGACCUUAUUCUCGCAGCCAUGGUCCUCGACCUCGGUCUGAAGAAAGGCUACCGUCCCACCAGCGCCGGGAAACGCAAAGUUGUGCCCGGAUCAUUGCCGAUCCUGCAUCGCCUGCAGGAGCUCGGAUUCGUGAAGGUCUAUGAAGCGGCUGGCUUCGAGGUUGGUGUACCCGGAUGUAGCUAUUGCGUGGGCAUGUCGGCAGAUAAGGCUGCGAAGGGUGAAGUGUGGCUCUCGUCACAAAAUAGGAAUUUCGAGAAUCGUAUGGGGACUGGUGCGUACUUGCAGCUUCCACCGCUCCCUGGCAUGACUUCAACCUCCGCCGUACUAAGAUCGAUUGGAAAUCUCGCCUCCGCUGUAUCUGUGGCAGCAUCCUCAUUUGAUAUGAAAGUGACAGAUCCUAGAUCUCUGCUCGACGAGCUAGACUUGGAUCACCUGGAAUCCCUCCUCAGACCAGCAUCUCUCUUGAAAAAGAACACCGUCAAGAAACAUCCCAUCUACGAGGAACCAAGCAGCUCCGACCUCUCUGCCAGUAUCGAAACCACUCAUAAACCAGAUUCCAGACUCCCAGAAACUCCACCUUUAACCAACGCUGCUCCUACCACAACGCCACCAGAAGUCCCCUCACAGCCUAAAAAACUACCGGAUAUCAUUCGCGGCAAAGUGCAAAUACUAGGAGAUUUCAUAGACACCGACGCCCUCGCACCCUCAUCCGCCCUCCUAACCUGCACCACGGACCUCGAAUACGGUGCCUUCUGUCUAAAAUACACACACCCCCACUUCCGCACCCUCGUAUCCUCCGGACACACCAUCAUCGUAGCAGGGCAGGCCUUCGGGUGCGGCAGCUCGCGCGAAGUAGCCGUCAACGCAUUGAAGGGUGCGGGUGUGAAAUGCGUGAUAGCGCGGUCGUUUGCGUUUAUAUAUGCGCGGAACCAGCCGAAUCUGGGAUUGUUGGGGGUGGUGAUAAGGGAUGAGGGGUUUUAUGAGGCGGCAAGGGAUGGCGUGGUGGUUGAGGUUGAUGUGGGGGGAAGGAAGGUUAGGGUUGGUGACGAGAGAAGAGAGUGGGGGUUCGAGUUGAGUCAGAUGGAGAGGGAGCUUAUUGCGGUGGGGGGCAUGGAUCGGGCGUUUGAGAAGUUUGGGAAGAAGCUUUUUGAGGUUAUGUGUGCGCCUGUAAGUUUGACGCAGAAGGAUGACGGGUGUGUUACUUCGACAGGACUUCAGUGGUAA